CAUUCACUGACCCAAAGAGGCUUCGAGGUAGGGGGCUGCUCGCUGCCACGGCUGAAAUCCCACUGCUGUUGGAAUUUCCGGCAGCCACCGCUGUCGUCGGCUCAGUCACCACCACUCUUAUUCCGUUGUUUCAUCCCGCCCUCGUCGUAUCGUCACCAUAGCUGAUGUCAACUCGCCGGGUGUGUGACCGGGGUCACUGUGCGGUCGCUGGAACCACUAUGCGGUCACUGGGAGGGGUGUGAUUGAGAGAGGAAAGAAUGUAUCGGCUGAUUUGGGGAAAUUUAGGGUUUGUUUAUCUAUACUAUUAUAAAAAGGAGAAGUGAUGUACAAGAUUGUAAUUUUAUCAUACUUACAAGUUGAUGUUUAAGCCAUUUUAGAGGGGCUUCACUCAAAAGUUUAAGACACUAGAGGGUUAAUUGGGGGAUUUCACCCUUUCUAUUGAAUGCUUCAGUUUCUAAUCGAUUCAUGUUUCAAUUGUUCAAUCGAUUCAUUAUGUGUGCAGAUAUUACUUCGUCUUCCCCUGUAUAAUCUUCGUCUGCCCCUGUAUAAUCGAACUCCAGUUGUCUCAAUUUCUCAAACCAAAUCAAACCCUGAAUUUGAAAUUCCGGUUAUAACCUUUCGACGAAGUGGAGAUGAAGAUGUUACGAUCUCCGGCACCGCUUCUGCUCAUUGGAGAUUCGGGUGUAGGAAGGUCAUGUCUACUUCUGAGGUUUGCUAUUGGUGAGUGUGUGGCUGUAUGAUGGAGGCCAAACUUUGAAACUAUUAUGUACCAGUAUUACCCUCCGCACAUCACAAAACCCAAGGAAUGCAAGAAGCUUUAUGUUGCUCACUUAUCGGAAAGAGAGUACUUUGCAGUGCCCAAAAAUCUGAAACUUCUCGCUGUACCACUCUUUGAGCUUUACGAUAAUGUUCAGGGCAUAUACAUGUGACAUGUGCCAACAGACAACAAAUAAUAGUCUAACUCACUGCUUGGAUGCUGGUGGAGAAAGACAAUAGCGUACUGGUGGAUGGCCUAAAGGUCUAGGGUCGCAAUAUCUGAUUUGGAGAGCUGGUGUAGGUUCGAGGGGAUGUAUUUUGAUUAAGUUCUGUGCAUUUUCCUUCUUUUGGGUGUUCCCUCGAUGUACUUGUGAUGCCCUCAAGCAGCUUGCUAUGGGAGUAUGGGUGAUACUUGAAAAGAAGGCGUCUUUUCUGGAUGAUUUAAAGAAAGUCAACUCGAUAUCUUUCACAUGGUUUACUAGCAGGUAUUAUGCCCCGGAUUUGGGCUUCUUAAUGUUCGCAGUCGUGUUAAGUUCAAGCGAAAAAGAUUUUAUCGAAGUGUUUAACAGACCGAAAGCUAUUAUUGCCGGUUCGGCCAAUUUGUUAUUAAACCGUUUCUCGGUUAUUUGUUUGGCACAAUGGUCAUGACGUUGUUCGGCCUUCCAACUCCCUUAGGUGCUGGGAUCAUGCUAACAUCUUGUGUUAGCGGGGCCCAGUUGUCAAAUUACGCCACUUUUCUAACGGACCCCACGAUGGCCCCACUAAGCAUCGUUAUGACAUCAAUAUCUACUGCUACUGCUGUUUUCGUGACCCCACUAUUGUCUCUAUUGCUCAUCGGAAAGAGGCUGCCUGUUGACGUAAAAGGAAUGGUUUCCAAUAUUUUGCAGAUUGUUAUUUCGCCUGUUGCCGCUGGCUUGCUUCUUAAUCGAUUUUUGCCAAGAAUAUCAGGUGCUAUAAAACCCUUUUUGCUGCCAUUAUCAGUUUUAGUGACUUCUCUAUGUGUCGGGGCUCCACUUGCAAUUAACAUAAAUUCGGUUUUAUCGCCCUUUGGGCUAUCAGUUUUGUUGCUUGUUACCUCAUUUCAUUUAUCAGCGUUUAUAGUUGGAUAUGCAUUUACUGGCGUUGCUUUUCGCAUUGAACCAGAAGUCAAACCUCUUCAAAGAACACUUUCUUGCGAAACAGGUAUGCAAAGUAGUUUGUUGGCCCUUGCGCUAGCGAAUAAAUUCUUUCAAGAUCCACUUGUUCGCGUACCUCCUGCAAUAUCAGUUGUAAUCAUGUCACUAAUGGGGUUUUCUCUUGUGAUGAUUUGGGCCAAGAAGACGGUAUGAGUUUCAUGAAUCCAGAACCGAUCAGUCGAUAUUUCAUGUGCUCCUGUUUUCUAAACCAAUUUUUUUUUUUAAAUUUUUAAAAAUUCCUUUGAGAAUUUGUAUAAUCGAAAUCUUGUAUGGUAUGAGAAUGGGCCAUUUCAUAAUGCUAAAUCGGGAUAUAUCGUUUCUUA